ACAAUCAAAGCAUAUCUUUACGACUGUCCCUGUAAUAUAUAUAUAUAUAUAUAUUUAUAUAGAUAGGUAAAAUGGCUGAUUUGUGUUGUAACUUCCUCAACUCUCGAUCUUUCAACUCGUUGUCUCUCUUCAUUCCAUGCGUUUCACCCCCAAAAUCAUCCUUCUCAUCUCUUCCAACGCACCCUUUUGAUCUCCCUACAAGAAGAGGAAGAAGAAAACAGCCUUGUCUUACCUUGCUCUGCAAACCCGAUUCGCCGUGUCUCUCGUCGCCGGACUUGGAGCUCGUAUCAGCCUCUGAGUAUUCUGACGGUAGCAUUGUGUUCCACUUCGGUGAGAAGAGCGAGGAUCAAGGAAAUGCUAAACUCGAGGAAACCAAUAUUGAGCUUGGAAGGUUUGCAAGUGAAAGUACAGAAAAUUCUCAUGUUGUGAAGGUUUUGGUCGGAGAGCAGCGCGGGCAGGUUAUGGUUAAAGAAAUAGGUAGAGAAGUGAGAAGAGGUAGGGAAAGUGAGACGGCUGGUAUUGCAAUGACUACAGAAAAUACUGGUGUUAAUGAAAUCCCCAUGAUCAUAGCUAAGAUUGACACAGGAGAGGAACCAGGUGAAAUGGCGCUGGAAGAUUCUCAAGAAAUAGAAUUGGAGAUUUAUCAAGAAAUUCCAAUUGAAAUGGGGGAAAUCUCACCAACGGGAUAUAUCCUAUUAUCUGGUGCUUCCUUAUUGCCGCGCCCUGACAAGGCAUUGACAGGUGGUGAAGAUGCUUAUUUUAUUGCUGGGCAGAACUGGUUGGGUGUGGCUGAUGGAGUUGGUCAGUGGUCACGGAAAGGGAUUAACACAGGAAUUUAUGCCCGUGAACUGAUGGAGAACUGUGAAAAGAUUGUCUCAGAUUUUAGUAGCAAUCUGCUAACUGAUCCUAUGGAAGUUCUCUCUCGAAGUGCUCUUGCGUCAAAGUCUCCUGGAUCAUCAACGAUUUUGGUGGCUUACUUUGAUGGUCAGGCUCUUCAUGUGGCUAACAUUGGAGACUCGGGAUUUAUCGUUGUAAGAAAUGGUGCUGUUUAUGCAAGGUCCUCCCCAGAUUCUUAUGAGUUCAACUGUCCUUUCCAAAUUGAAUAUGGUACCGAUCCCUCCGAACUUGUUGAGAUGUACAAAAUUGAUUUGGAUGAAGGAGAUGUGAUUGUAACUGCAACUGAUGGCCUUUUCGACAAUCUGUAUGAUCAAGAAAUAGCUUUAAUAAUCUCCAAGUCGUUAGAAAACAAUUUAAAACCCGAGGAAAUAGCAGAAUUCCUGGCCGAAAUUGCACAAGAGAUAGGGAGCUCAAAAACUCGUAGAAGUCCAUUUGCAGAUGCAGCCCAGGCAGCUGGAUACGUGGGAUACAAGGGUGGCAAGCUCGACGACACGACUGUUAUUGUCUCUUUGGUCCAGAAAAGAUCCAGCUCUUGGAAUUGAUUCACUUGGUUUGAUUUCUUCUUGUUCCUCUAGUUUCUAGUAAACAGCAAGCAUUUCGUCUCUGUUUCGAUUUCACGGGUAAUAAUCUUUUAUGUUUGUUGAAUGCAGCCUGUACUGGUGAUCUAUUUAUUUGUGUUCUCAUAUUGACUUGUUAUUAUGCAGUUCUUUCUGUAUUUUCUCAGUAACCCUAAUUGAAUUUGGCAAUUGGAUGAUUCAUGAAGCUUACUCUUUGUGAACCAUAGCAGCGUUUGAUGUCACUGUUUUGUGAAGUAGACUGCUUGGUUUGCUUCUUUUGCUUGGUUCCCACAUUAUGAUGUUAUUUCUGAGUAUGUGCUAGUCACACUUCUGAUAGGCAUAUAAUAUGAUCACAGACACUUGAGCAGUUAGUCCUAUGCUUGGAAAUAGAAUUUGUAGAAGGGUAAAUUACACUCGUUAUCUGAAGUUCGGUAGGAUGAUAGAGACCUUUCCCGGCUUUACAACUCUUGUUACGUUUUUUCUCUUCUAUCAUUAUUAAAAUUGUUAAUGUGAC